AUGGAUUUGGUUCAAACUAUUGAACAAGCAAAGAUUCAAUUAUUGGAAAAUAAUUUAAGUGAAGUUUAUAAAAUUUUAAAACCAUUAAAAAAAAGUCUUCAAAAUGAAAACUCGAAUAAUUUAGAAUUAAAUCAAAUCUUUAUGGAAUAUUAUUUAGAAAAUAAUCAAAUUGAUAAAGCUUAUCCAUUAUUAGUGAAAUCCUGUGAAUUGGAUCCAUUAGGUGAAAAAGGUGGUAAUGAUAAAUUUUUCACAUUGGGACAAAUCAUUGGCUCCAGAGAAGGUCUUGAAUUGAUUUUAAAAGGUAUUGAGAAUGAAUAUUCAAAUCUUAAAGAAGAUGGUAGCGGAAUUAAAAAAAUUAUUAGUGCAUUUUUAUCCAUGAUUGAAAUUUGGAUGACAGAUUUGUGUAUGGAGGAAGAUGCUGAAAAUCAAUGUGAAGAAAUAAUUAAACAAGCUAUAGAAGUGAGUAAUGGUAAUAGUGGUGAAGUAUGGAGUAUGCUUGGAUCUAUUCGUAUUUCUCAACAAAGAUAUAAAGAAGCUAUGGAAGCAUUUCAAAAAUCCUGGGAAUUAUUUGAAUUGAAAAAAAAUGAUAUUGAAGAACGAAUGAAAACUGAAAAUUGUAGAGAAGAAUAUAAUGAAUUAGUACAACCUCUAAUCAAUCUUUGUAAGAUGUGUAUUGAGAUGUGUUUAUAUGAGGAGAGUUUUAAGAUUAUUCAAAAUUUGAAAGAUAUUGAAGAAGAUAAUUUAGAAGUUUAUUAUUUAGAAGGGUUUUUGAAUUAUAUCUUCAUGAAAUUAAUGAAAUUUAAAAAAUUGAAUCAAUUAGAGAUCGAUCCAGAGAAUGUUUAUCAAUUUAAUGAACACUUUAAAGAUUUAAAGAUCGAAUCCAAUGAAAUGAUAGAAUAUCAAGAAAAUGUUAAUGAAUUACAAAUAGCAUUUAGUUUUGUAAUUCAAAUGGGGAAACAAAAAUUAAAUGGUGAAGAAGGAGAUGAAAUAAUAAAUGAAUUGAUAAUGGGAUCUCAAGAAUGUUUGAAUGAAUUGAAUUUAUCAAUAAUUGAUAUGCAAGAAUUAUCAAUGAUUAGAAAAGGACAUGAUGAAGAUGAAAAUGUGAAUAUUGAGUUAGAAAAGAUAGAAUUUGAAUAA